GUGGCGGGUGGCCGUAGAACAGAUGAUACACUAUGUAUUUGCAUAUUCGUGUCAGCUGUCAAAGGUGUCGUGUUUCAUGUCAAGGAGGUCGCGUGAAGAGAAAACUGCUAUUAAUAAAUACAUUCUUAUCAGUUUUUGUACGCUCAAAUGUAUUCCAUAGUGUUGAAUAGUUAGAAUUAAUGCAAUGAAUUUUGCCAGCCCAAGGUUAUCAACGAGUAACCCAUCGGUAUAAAAAUAAAAUUUUCUUUUGAGUGAUUCUUUAGGUUGGGAAAAUCGUCAAGCUGUCAAACAUCUGUACCGAUUUAAUGCGAGAUUUUUGUUGCGGCUGACAUUUUUUGGGGUCACCAUUGUCUGACAUUUAGGCAAUAAAUAUUGACUUACAAUGUUCGCUGGAUGUAAUGGGGUUAGAAAUUUUCUGAGAGGAACCCUCUCUGGAAUCAACCGUCACUACACUACUAUGCAAACAGCCACUCUACAAGAAGCUGCGCUGGAAGAACGAUGCAUAUUGGUGGACGAUCAAGAUCGUCCCCUCGGAGAAGCAUCCAAAAGAGACUGUCACAGAGUCACUCAAGACGGCAGUAUACCGCUUCACAGAGCAUUUAGCGUUUUUCUUUUUAACCGAGAGGGAGAUUUAUUGCUGCAAAAACGGUCGGCGAACAAAGUAACUUUUCCUUCACAUUACACAAAUACCUGCUGUAGUCAUCCGCUGGCAGAGAUUCCCGGGGAAACUGAGGAAAGCAACGUACUUGGUAUUCGUAGGGCAGCUCAACGGAGACUGGCUUAUGAGCUAGGUAUACCUGUGGACGAAGUGGCGCCAAGCGACUUCACUUACCUUACCAGAAUCCAUUAUCACGAUAUCGGUGAUGGGUAUUGGGGAGAACAUGAAAUAGACUACAUAUUAUUUUUACAAAAAGAGCACGUCACUCUUGAUCCCAAUGCUGAUGAGGUCAGCGAAUUACGUUGGGUAUCUAGGGAACAUAUGCCAGAGUUCUUAAAGAUCUUAGACUGUCCCCUUACUCCAUGGUUCAGACUAAUUCUCACGCAUAAACUACCGUUUUGGUGGGAAAAUUUACAGCAUUUAAAAGAUCUGCAAGAUCAUGUGCAUAUACAGCGUUUUUAAUUAAGUAUCCAAGAAUAUUUCUGCAUCUGAAGGUACACAGAUUUCAACAAUACUUCACACCAAAUUAAUUAACAAAAAGUAACAAAUAACAGCGAAGAAGCAUAAUAUUUUUGACUAAAAUGUAUAUAAAACAUAUUUUUACAAUAUUUAUUAGGUGUAAGUCUAAUAAUAAAAAUUUUCCAUUCACUUAAAAAAAA